AUGACACUCAACCUUCUGUUGGGCACUGGCAGCGCUGCCAGCGUCAAGUAUUUUGACAUCCGACUGGACAGAGAUCACAUCGUAUUCCGGGGAAGAGCGGAAGAGGCCUCCAAUGCUUACUUGAGUGGAACAGUUGUUCUGUGCUUGUCGGAGCCCCUCCCGAUCAAGUCUCUCAGGCUCCAUUUUACUGGCACGUCUCAGGUCUGUUGCUAUCUAAACCCGACCUACAACGAGUUUGGAUCAAGCCCAAAGAGGAACAGAUUAUUCUACAAGAAGACAUGGGAUUUUAAGGAUACUGGAAAUACUGAGCUAAUUCAGCCGGGAAACUAUGAAUUCCCUUUUCAUCUUAUUCUUCCGAGUACCCUGCCAGAAAGUGUCGAUGGCCCGGCAGAAAGUUGGGUUAAAUAUCAAUUUAAGGCGGAGAUAGGAAGGAGGCUACUACGGGAUAUUGUGGUAUCGAAGCCAUUGCGCAUCAUUCGAUCCCCUGGGGCCUGUACCUCCGACCUUGGUCCUACGAGGAUGGUGGAAGAUUUAUGGCCGAAUAAGAUUGGUUAUUCAAUCAGUGUAAUGAACGCAGUGGCAGCCUUCGGAACUGCAUUUCAACUAAAAUUCAAGCUAAUCCCACUCUCCACAAGUCUCAGGAUUAGCCAAAUUAAUACAGAACUUAUAGAAAACUACUGCCUAACUCUCAACCCUGAAGAUAUUGAACGACUGCACUUUACUAGACACCAUACAAAGGUUAUUUCAAUCGAUACCUACAAGAUGGGCUCCAAUAAGUGCCACGGAAAUAUCGAUGAGGAAACAGAAGGAUUCUGCGUCUCUCGCCAUUUACAGAUACCCCAAAACUUGGCUCAGUGUUUGCAAAAUGUGAAUCAGCAGGGCAUAAAAAUUACUCACAAACUGAUGUUUACGAUUCAGCUACAAAAUGUUGAUGGCCAUAUCAGUGAGGUGAAGGCUGCGCUUCCUGUAACGAUCUUUAUAUCUGCCAGUUCCACGAUCGAUGAAAACAAAAACGUGACGUACUGGACACCACGAGGUGGUCAGGAAACAGGCUACAGCUUGGAUGAGCAACCCCCACCAGCUUACGCAGAUCACAUCUUUGAUCUAGUGUAUUGCGAACGAGACACAUACAGCUGCGGCCCUUCGGGUGUGCGACGAUUGAACCACAUAGGCAAUGACGUGAUACAUGGAAAUGUCGAUAAUAGCCACGAAUCAUCCCAUUUACCUUUCCCUGCGAACAGCAGCUGCCAACAACAUCAACGACGGCACUAUGAAGACGCACUUUCAACCCGAUCAAAUUCAUCCACCUCAGGCUUGUCCAAUUCCGAAUGUAUGGAACCUGUUCGAACUAAUGGAAGGAGUGAUGUUAACUUUACUUUACCAGGCAUACCUGCAUCCCCCCAGCCCUAUGAAGUCGAAAGCCUGAGUCGUGUGCCUUCUUACUCAACUGCGAUUCGUAGACUCUCCAAUCCUUAUGAUGCAGCCUUGCCGGGAUACUAUGAUACCGCUGCCAGGGACUAUGUUUUGCCAGAGCCGCCACAAGCUUCCAGUCGCGCUUAUAUUGCCUGCACUUCCCGCGCUUUCAGUACCCAUACAAACUGCUACACCGCAGCAACACUGCUUCCUUCUCUUCCGCCCCAGAAUGUUUAG